AUGGAUGCACGUUCCAGAGGCAUUGUUGUCUUCGGAGGCGGGACUGCAACUAAUAGCCUCGUCGAUGUAUUUGAGAGUAUUAGAGAGAGCCGGAAUUGCUGGCUUAGCUACGUCAUACCUAUAAGCGAUAAUGGAGGAAGCUCGUCGGAGUUAAUCCGUGUGUUCGGUGGUCCUGGUAUUGGUGAUAUCCGCAGUCGUCUUGUGCGUCUGAUCCCCGGAUCGGAGACAGACGCAGAGCGAGCAUCGCUUAAGGAGCUGUUCAACUAUAGACUUUCGUCUGAUCCAACACAAGCGCGGCUACAAUGGCUAGAUAUAGUCGAGGGUCGAGCCGAGCUCUGGAUCAACAUAUCGAGUGAGAAACGUGAGCUCAUUCGGUCUGUUUUUAACCUCGUCAACUUGGAGAUAGUUAAGAGGGCGCGGCCUAGUUCCGUAUUUAAUUUCUCCAAGGCCAGCAUUGGGAAUUUGUUUUUGACUGGAGGCCGCGUCUUCACCGGCUCCCUCGAAUCAGCCAUCUACCUCCUCUCCACAAUCUGCCUAGCCGACGGCACCUACAUCACGGGGCAGAACUCCAUCUCGCACCCCUCGGCGCCUACCUCCCUACCCGACGAUGAGCAGCUCCCGCAGCAGCAGCAUCUGCGCCGGGAAAUGGAUGAGCACGACCGCAUCGAGGACGCCACGUUACCCGGUUCACUGCCGACUUUACGCAAGCAGUAUAUUAACUUUAGCAAGGCCGACGAAGAAGACUUGCCAGCGCGUAUCGAGAGAAUUUGGUAUAUUAACCCGUACGGGCAUGAGAUCUGGCCUCUUGCGAAUCCCAAGGUCUUGGAUGCCAUACGUCGCGCCGGCGCAGUGAUUUAUAGUAUUGGCAGUUUAUACACUUCUAUUAUACCCAGCUUAGUGCUGCGCGGAGUGGGGGCUGUGCUUGCGGAUCCGGGAGUCCGGUAUAAGGUCUUGAUUCUGAAUUCAAGUGUAGACCGGGAGACGGGACCAAGUACGGAACCGCUGACGGCGACUGGUUUUGUUAGGGCGAUUGCGCGGGCGGCUGCGCAGAGUCAGGGGGAUUUCGCUGUUGGCGACGAGAAAAGUAUGAGUAAAGGGGAGGUGAGUAGCUAUGUCACACACUUAGUUUACCUCGAGGGCGAGGGCGCCCCCAAGGUCAACAAGGAAGAACUAGCUGCCCUGGGUAUAGACUGUAUUCGGGUCUACGGGAGGAGGGUCAACGGUAUGCUCAAGUAUGAUGAGGCGGGCUUGGCGAGAACUCUCGAAGCCGUGAUAGGCAAACCUGAGAUGGCGAGGAGCCGUAGAAAUACCAGUGGUCAGUGA